AUGGGGGCAGGCGGACCGGGUGAGGACCCCCUGGCGCGGCCCCCCGACGGCGGCUGGGGCUGGAUCGUGCUGCUCGGCUGCUUCAUCAUCACCGGCUUCUCCUACGCCUUCCCCAAGGCCGUCAGCGUCUACUUCAAGGAGCUGAUGCGGGACUUCGGCGUGGGCUACAGCGACACGGCCUGGAUCUCCUCCAUCAUGCUGGCCAUGCUGUACGGCACAGGCCCCGUGUCCAGCAUCCUGGUGAACCGGUUUGGCUGCCGGCCGGUAAUGCUGGUGGGGGGCCUGCUGGCUUCUUCGGGCAUGGUCCUGGCCGCCUUCACCACCACCAUCAUCGAGCUGUAUCUGACGGCCGGCGUGCUCACAGGUCUGGGCCUGGCCCUCAACUUCCAGCCCUCCCUCAUCAUGCUGGGCGCCUACUUCGACCAGCGCCGGCCCCUGGCCAACGGGCUGGCGGCGGCCGGCAGUCCCGUCUUUCUGUCGGCCCUCUCGCCCCUGGGCCAGGUGCUGCUGGAGCGCUUCGGCUGGCGGGGGGGUUUCCUCAUCAUGGGGGGUCUCCUGCUCAACUGCUGCACCUGCGGGGCCGUCAUGAGGCCACCGGCCACGGUCCUGGCCCGGGCCAAGGAGACGCUUCCCUUGGGGGCGGCGGAGGAGGGGCGGCCACCGGGCCGAGGGCCGAACCGGGAGAGGAAGGGCCGGAGGAAGAAGCUCCUGGACUUCUCCAUCUUCACCGAGCGCGGCUUCGUGGUCUACGUGGUGGCCAAGUUCGUCCUGGUGCUGGGCCUCUUCGUGCCGGCCAUCCUCCUGGUCAACUACGCCAAGGACUCGGGCGUGCCGGACGCGGAGGCCGCCUUCCUGCUGUCGGUCAUCGGCUUCGUGGACAUCUUGGCCCGGCCGUCCUGCGGGGCCGUGGCCGGGCUGGGCUGGGUGCGACCGCGCGUGGCCUACUUCUUCAGCCUGGCCAUGCUCUUCAACGGCCUGACGGACGUGUGCGGCGCCCGGGCCCGCACCUACCCGGCUCUGGUGGGCUUCUGCGUCUCCUUCGGUCUCUCCUACGGCAUGGUCGGGGCCCUGCAGUUCGAGGUGCUCAUGGCCGCCGUCGGCCCGCGCAAGUUCUCCAGCGCCAUCGGCCUCGUGCUCCUGGUGGAGGCCUUCGCUGUCCUCAUCGGCCCACCCUCUGCCGGCCGCCUGGUAGACACCCUGAAGAACUACGAGAUCAUCUUCUACCUGGCGGGGUCGGAGGUCAUCCUCUCUGCCCUCUUCCUGGCCACUGCCACGUUCUGCUGCCUCCGGCCGGCCGAGGCGCCGCCCCAGCCCCCCGCCCCCAGCGGGGACAGUGACACUGAGGAGGCCGAGGCCCCCGAGGCCCCGCCGCCCCUGCCGGGGGCUGAAGCCGAGACCCACCUGCCCAUGGAGGAGAGGAGACCCGAAGGGGAGGGGGCAUCGGAGCCUGGGCAGGGGAGAUCAGAGGAGACCCUGGACAGAGGCAGCUUCUAG